AUCAAAACCUGUCCUUUAUUCUCAUUCCAGUAUUUGCUACUUGUUGUCUUGAACUAAAACUCAAUUGUUUUCAACCAUCUUGAAAAAAAUACAAUGGAAGACAAGGCCAUGGAGGAAAGUAUGAUGAGAAGGAUAAAACCUAUCAAGAAGGGUAUGAAAAUAUUGAGUGAAAGGAGUUUGAUCAUGGAUUUCGGAUCUUUUUACAUACCGGAUAAGAGUAAAUCAAGUACGAGGGGAGAUGAUGCUUAUUUUAUUAGUAAACAUCAUCAAACCAUUGGUUUAGCCGAUGGCGUGGCUGGUUGGGCAAAGCAAGGCAUAGAUGGGGGUGAAUAUGCUCGACAACUAAUGGAUAAUUGUGUCACCACCCUUUAUGCGGAAGAUAAAGAAAUUGUGUAUCCACAAAUGGUUUUGGAAGAAGCUUACUCUAAUACUAAUGUUGAAGGAUCAUCCACAGCAUGUAUCAUAACACUUACGGAUGAGUGUUUGAAUGUUGUUAAUGUUGGAGAUAGCGGAUUCAUGAUAUUUAGAUAUGGAAGAAUGAUAUAUAAGUCAUCCAUACAACAACAUUUUUUUAAUUGUCCGUGUCAAUUGGGGAAGACCUGUGAUGAUCCAAGUGUAGCAGAGGAGCUUAUGAUUGGGGUAAGGGCAGGAGAUGUGGUUGUGGUUGGAACGGAUGGACUGUUCGACAAUGUGUUCGUAGAUGAGAUGGAGGUGGUUAUAAGGGUUCUGCGUGAAGAAGGUUGUAUGGAGCCACAACUAUUGGCCAAGGUAUUGGCGGAGCUGGCCGAGGAAAAUUCACUGAUUAAAAGUGGUGAUUCCCCGUACACAAUAGCUGCAUUGAUGGAAGGAAAGUUUAGAAGUGGUGGCAAACCCGACGACAUCACUGUGAUAGUUGCACGCAUUGUACCACCCAUGGACAUACUCUGAUUUUAUGAUGGCGGCAAAGGCAAGCACCAAAAUGGCACGAGGGCGGUAACUAUAUAUUUCAUUCGUUCUCGUAUCAUUCCCAUUUCUCUCUUUAAAAAUUGUCACUUUGUUCAUUUUUAUGUCCUUCUUUGCCAUUAAGUCAUUUUAGUUCCUAAUCUAUAUACAUAUAUUUUAGGGUUUUUCUCAUAUGAACCGUGUCCUAGAGGUAUUCCAUUUAUUAGGAUUAUUAGUUUUUUAGGUCUUCUAAAGAAAAAAAAAAAAAAGAAAAAAGAAAAAAGAAAACAUGCUUAAGUAUGUUGCAAAGUUCCACUCAACUCAACAUCCCAGUUUCUAGUUUAUCUUUUUUAAUGCUCUUUUUUCACUCAAUAUUCCAAUUAUUAUUAUUUAAUUAUUUUUAUUAUUUUUAUGUAAUGAAAGCUUGUGACUCAAUAUACCAUAUCCUAGUUAGGCUUCCUCUUUUUUUUCUUUUUUCUUUUUUCUUUUUUUCUUUUUUCACAUCAAACAAGUUAUAAAGUUCCACUCAAAUCAAUAUUCCAAAUUUUAGA